AUGCCGUUCAAGCCAGAGGACUUGCAGAACGGUCUUGCGCAAAUCCGGCAGCCCGUUCGCAAUAAUCAGAGACUUGUGACUCAGACUGGCUACCAGUUCACAACUCCGUCGAGGAAUGGCGUAGAGGAACAGGCCAUUCCAGAUCGAUUUAUUGAGAAUUCAACAACGGAGCACUUUGUUCGCAAGCUCAAAGGUGUUUAUUCUACCCGAUCGCAAGGCAUUUCGGGAGUUUCUGCCCUGUCAACCAGCUCGACUCCUGACCGAUUCAAUUUUCAUGACAAUGAUGACCGAUCUGCAAAUUCAGAUUACUCAUAUAUCCCACUCGAAAAUGACAGUAACCAUGCCAAGGUUUUCGUCAAACUUCCACCACACUCAUAUGCUCUUUAUCUGUUGGGCCAGUUUGAAUCGUUCAUGGGGUCGGACUAUCACUGGUAUAAGAAAAAGUCUUUCCGCGCCAAAAUAGACGCCACCUAUGAUUCAUCACAGCCACAGGCAGUUGAUAGAAUAUGGCUUUGCUGCUUCUCUGUUGUUUUGGCUCUGGGGGAGUCAUAUAAUGACGGUGUUGCGCCUUCAUUUUUCGUCGGUGAUAGAACAGGAUUGCCAGCAGAUGACCCCUGUGAUGAAAAUUCACGACAGAUUACACCACCAGGAAUUGAAUUCUUCAAACAGGCACUACUUUUGCUGCGGCCGUCUUACGAGGAACCGACAAUCGAACAAGUUGAAGCUCUCAACCUCAUUACAUUCUACUGCUAUUCUCUUAAUCGGAGAAAGACAGCGUAUGCGUAUGCCGGAAUGGCUCUGCGACUAGCGAAUCUCCUGGGGAUUCCAAACUCAUCGGUGCUACAUACCCCACUGGAGCGAGAACACCGCAAACGCAUUUGGUGGACGGCAGUUUGCAUGGAUAUAAUGACCUGUACCGAGCUAUCAUUAGCACCAUCCUGCGCGCUGAAUGACGAUACUAGUGCGAUCGUGGAAUGCAUAGGAUUGCCUCCUGGUGAGGCCGAAGAAUUCUCAGAUUCUCGGUAUCUUACCGCACAAGUCAAACUUGUUCGUAUCAAAUCCCACAUAACCAAAACAAUAUCUGAGCUUCGCUACGGGAGUGUAUUUGAGGCACAUGAAAUUAUUGAGCCCUGCCUUCAAACCUUGAGAAAUUGGAAGGCGGAGUUUUCAUUUGGCCUGGAUUUCAAAGAAGAUGGUACAUUUACGGAGAAGGCAAUUUCAAGUCCCCCUAUGCGUACGAUUGCGUCACUACUCCUACGUUACAACCAGUGCUUUAUCAUUCUUCUUCGUCCACUGCUAUUAAAACAACUUCAAGAUCUCGUUCAGAAUACUAGUGCAACAACUCCUAACAGCGAAAUUGAGAGGUUAAAUACCCAGUGCUUACAGGCGGCAACAAACAAUACCGCAAUACAGUUUGCCCUUUCAAAAUGCCAUAGCAUAGCAAAAUUUGGGUUCUGGGACUCUCUCCACAUAUUCUCUGGUCUUACGGUACAUCUGAUAUCGAGACUAAUCAUAGAGAGGCGACCCACUGCGUUCGCUAGCCUCAUAUUCAAUGCACCAUACGAGCCAGUCAAAAGGCUACUCGCGGAAAUGGCUCAAGAGGGCAACGCAGCAUCCAAAGAUCACAACCGCAUGAUAACCGAGAUAGAGGAACUGUUCACAGAAACCUCUUCCGAUACCGGAAUACUUGCUGAAGGGAUUGAGAGUCUUGUAGACUGGCCAGACUAUCUGGACAAUGGGACACUAGGCUUUGAAUUUGAUGAGACAUUUCCGUCAGUUGGCUGGUCAUGA